GAUAAUGUUUUUACAUUUUCCUAACCUACGUACAUACAUAACAAUAAUGCAAAAAAAUACACAAAAAUCUCAAAUUCAUCUCUUCUUUCAGUUUCCAUUUUUCUUUGUUCAUCAAUAUGGCUUUUACCACUUCUUCAGAUUGGUCAUUUCCUCCAUGUAUUAACUGUAAAAACAGAAUCUUGAAACCAAAAAUUUGCUUUUCUUGUAAAACUUUACCUUUUCUUUCAAACAUUUUCUUGAAUUCAACAAGUACUCUAGUAGUUGCAAAAUCCUCUAGUUGUUCUUCUCCUGUCUUAGAAGAAAAAAAAAGACCAAAAACACCCUCAAACAAUCCCCAAGUUAUAGAAUUGGACUUGGAACAAAUUCAAGAUUUUAGUAGUAGUAGUACAACAACUACAACAAAUGGUACUACUACUACUACUACUACUACUUGUUUGUCUGAUUCAAAGGAUUUGAAUGGUGUAAUAUGCAGUUUACUUAAAGAUCCUCAAACUCAAGUACUUGGAUAUGAUUACUAUGAGAAAGCAAAGGUUAAUAAAGACUUUAGACUUGAGAAACCAACACUAAAGCUUCUUAUCAGGUAUUUAGUGAAUUCAAACAAAUGGGGUGCAAUUUUUUCAUUGUCAAAAGAUUUGAGAAAUUUGAAAGUGUUACCUGAUAGCUCUACAUGUUAUAGAUUGAUUAGUAGUUGUAUGAAAGCAAGAAAAUUCAAGAUUGUAAAUAGUUUUCUUGAAUUGUUUAUAGUAGUUGAUAAAGAAAUAUCUGUUUUGGCUUUUGAUUGUGCUAUGAAAGGGUAUAAUAAGUUGCAUAUGUAUAGUAGCACUGUUGUGUUGUAUGAGAGAAUGAGAUCUGCAGGACUUGUAUUAGACCCCGGUUGUUAUUAUAGUAUCAUGGAAGCACAUAUGAAAUUGGGGCAUUGUGACAAAGUUGUGGCGAUUUUCGAAGAAUUUGAGAGCAAGAGAGUAGAGUCAACACCUCAUUAUGCUCAGAUAUACAAGAAUCUUUGUGAGUCGUUAGGGAAAUCCGGCCGUGCUUUUGAGGCUUUGGAGUAUUUCAGAGACAUGACCAAGAAGGGAAUUCAAGAAGAUCAUUCAUUUUAUUCUAUACUUAUCUGUGGAUUCGCGAGCAUUCGAGAAGUGAACAUGGCUGAGGAGCUAGUAGAAGAAGCUGAAGGCAAGAGAAUGCUGAGGGAUCCAGCUUUGUUCUUGAAACUGGUGUUGAUGUACAUUGAAGAGGGAUGUAUGGAAAAGACUCUUGAUGUUGUUGCAACGAUGACUCGGGUGAAAAUCCGAGUGUCUGACUGCAUAUUUUGUGCAAUUGUGAAUGGAUUCUCUAAAAAAAGAGGUCUAAGGUCUGCUGUUAAAGUGUAUGAAGACCUUACUUCACAAGGCUGUGAACCAGGUCAAGUAGCAUAUGCCUCAGUAUUAAACUUGUAUUGUAGGCUGGGAUUGUAUUCUAAUGCAGAAACAAUAUUUUCUGAAAUGGAGCAAAAGGGGUUUGACAAAUGUGUGGUUGCUUACUCUAGCAUGAUUGCAAUGUAUGGCAAAACAGGAAGGCCAAAAGAUGCAAUGAAACUUGUAGCGAAAAUGAAAGAAAGAGGUUGUCAACCAAAUGUUUGGGUGUACAAUGCUCUCUUGGACAUUCAUGGAAAAGUUCUAAACUUAAGACAAGUGGAGAAAAUAUGGAAGGAAAUGAAGAGAAGGAAGAUAUUUCCAGACAGAGUAAGUUACACAAGUAUUAUUACUGCAUAUAGCAGGGCAAGGGAGUUUGACAAGUGCUUGAUAUAUUAUCAAGAAUUUAAACUUAACGGUGGAAGACUCGAUAGGGCAAUGGCUGGGAUUAUGGUUGGUGUUUUCUCAAAGAUGAAUAGAGUUGAUGAUUUGAUUAGUCUUUUGCAGAAUAUGAAGAAAGAAGGGACUAAGUUAGAUGGGAGACUUCAAAGGUCAGCUUUUAAUUCACUGAGGGAUGCUGGGCUGCAAAUUCAAGCAAAAUGGCUGCAAGAAAGCUUUGGUGCAACAUGAGUCCUUUUACACUUUGUCAAUACCAAUUGUAGGCCUAUCUUGAAACAGCCUCUCUACCUUUGAGGUAGGGGGUCGGCGUACACUCUACCCUCCCCAUGCCCCACUUUGUGCGAUUAUACUUGAUAUGUUGUUGUUGUUGUAGAUACCAAUUGCAUGGCUGGUAUAUUAAAGUGAUUGACAAUGGAAGAACAUCUCAAGUUUUGGAAAAUAUAUACCAUUGUCAUCGACCAUGUAUAGAUGCGGGGAGGUGGGGAGAUGGGGGAUGCAAAAAUCUUAAUUUAUAGAAAUCCUUAUGUAAUUUCUUGAUAUAUAAAGUAAUUUUAAACAAGAAUUCUGUAAAUCCUGCAUCCAUAUACAGGUUACAGAUUUUGGUUCCA